UUACAGUUAGUCGGGGAAGGAUUUGUGCCAUUUUAUGAAGUGAAGUUGGAGAUGAUUUAUAGAUACAUCCCAGAAGUGAAUUUUGGUCUCACCGAAGAUCCAGUUGUUUGUAGGAAAUGUUUUGAUUCACUCAGCGUUCAUGAUACUUUCAUAAAGACCUGUUUGGAUGUUGAAAUGAACAUUCAGUACACAGAUGACAACAAAAUCACAGAGAUCGGGUAUAAUCAUAUAUACAUUAAAAAUGAAAUCGGUGAAGUUGAAUUAAAAGGAAGAUCAGUUAAAUCUGAAGGAACACAGAUUGAACCUGAAGAAGUUGACAUAAAAUGUGAAGAAAAUGUUUGUGAAAGUGAUCCCUCUUCAUACGACAAUGCAACAUUUGACAACAAAAUGAAGGUCACUUAUGAAGAUGUAGAAGAAAUAAAGAACGAAUGUAUGCUUAAAUGUGACACAGGAGAAGUUCAGACAAACAGAGGUGAAGAGGCAUCUUCAUAUAAUAGUAAAUGUGAAAGCGAUGGUCUAAAACAGGGAGCUGCUCCGGGACUUAUACAUAGUAAGAAAAAUUUCAAAUGCCACCAGUUAAGCAAAGACCCUACUGGAGUACGAAUACACAGAUGUAAUACCUGUGACUAUGAAACUAAAUUUAGGAGUCGUCUAAAUGUACACGAGUUAUCACACAAAGACCCUUCGGAAGUCCAAAUGUACAAGUGUGAUGCGUGUGGUUUUGAAUCAAAACGUAGAGGUCACCUGAAAAUGCAUGAGUUAAAGCACAAAGAUUCCUCAGAAAUUCAAAUGUACAAAUGUGAUACUUGCACUUUUGAAACUAGGUUUAAAAACAACCUAAAAUCGCAUCAAUUAAAACACAAAGACACAUCAGAAAUCCAGAUGUACAAAUGUGACAGUUGUGCUUAUGAAACGAAACAUAAGCAUCGUUUAAAAUACCACCAGAUAACCCACAAAGACCCAUCGGAAACCCACAUGUACACGUGUGAUAGUUGCAGUUUCAAAACUAAAUACAAGCAACGUUUAAAAGCUCACCAGUUAACGCAUAAAGACCCUUCGGAAAUCCAGAUGUGGAAGUGUGAUACAUGUUGUUUCGAAACUAAAUAUAAAGGAGAUUUGAAACUACACGAGUUAAUGCAUAAAGACUCUUCGGAAAUCAAAAUGUACAAGUGUGAUACUUGUACUUACGAAACCAUGUACAAGGGUCGUAUAAAAACUCAUCGGUUAAAGCACAAAGACCCCUCAGAAGUCCAAAUGUACAAGUGUGAUAUAUGUAAAUAUGAAACUAAGUAUAAGAAGGGUCUCAAAACUCACCGAUUAAUACACAAGAAUUCUAUAGCAGAGCUGUCGGCGUAUAAACUUUCAGAUGUCCGUGUAUUUAAAUGUAACGAUUGUGAUUUUCAAACCAGGUAUAAAGACAGUUUAAGGGUUCACGUGUUGAAACAUCAAGAUCCCUCGAGGGUGCCAACGUACGACUGCGAUAAAUGUGUUUUCCAGACAAGGCAUAAACAGAGUUUAAUUAGGCAUCAGUUAUCGCACAAAAACUCUGGUGUUGUAAUUUCAGCGAAUGACUGAUUAAAUGUACCAAAAAGACUCUUUUAGCGUACAUAGUCGAAGUUUCAAGUUCAGAUAAAUGUUUAGCUAGCGGCGAGAUUGAAAGAUUGAGUGGCCAGUCACGCAACUAAUUCAUUUAAAUAUGAAAUUGUAUCAGUGAGAUCAAAAUUCGUUAGAAUAGUUUCAUAUGCAAUUCAUUUAUUAUGAUGCAAUAAGAAAUGUUCACGAUAUCGACAAGGCUGUCAUUUGGAGAAUAUUAUCAGCUUUUUCGAGAAUUACAGUCCGUUUCUUUGGUUAUAUGACAAUGCAAUUAUCAACGUUAUUACUUUAAGAACUUCCUGACACCCUGUAUUUGUCAAUUAUGCUUUGCUCAAAGGAA